AUGUCGGGGUUGGGGCUCCAGUCCCUGACUGCCAGCGCCCUCAAGACGGGGACAUUGGCUGUGACCAGUCGACUCACAUAUGCGGUGCCACACCUGUCGGGAGCCAUCGACGUGUGCAUGGUCCGCCAGCCCGACGGGUCCCUCAGGAGCUCCCCCUUUUAUGGCGAGACCUGGGCUGGAAGGGGGGUGGAUUGGGACAAACGUGUGCAGAUCGUGGUGAACGGCGAGGAGCUGGACUUUGCCAUGCACCUAGGCCGCACUGGCGAGGCCUACUUUGCCACUGAGGAGCGAGUCCCCCUGGACAGCCUCGCCGGCGGCCAGGCUGCCGUGGAGGGCCUGGGCCUGCAAGUGGACGCCGCCCUGGCCGAGGUCGACGGCGGCGCCCCGGCGGUGGAUGAGGCACGGCGCGCGAGCGGCGAGGCCAGCGACCGCAGCGAGGCCAGCGACCGCAGCGAGGCCACGCUGCUCGCACUGUCCCUGGGGGAAAACCAGGCAGACGAGGGAAGUGACCAAGGUCCUGCGCCUGCGCAGCCCGCAGGCGACCUAGAUGUCGACGAGGCGCCAGACCCAGGUGGCAGCCCGCUCCGGCAGGCGGGGUCCUCGGCCGUGGACAUCCCGCGUCCGCGGCGGCCCGGCGGCUCCCGCGACGGCUCGCCAGAGGGCAAGUCUGCGGGGCGGGGGGCCGGCGCCGCGGUCUCCGCCCUCUCCACCGCCCUGUCUCGCGCCGACAGCGGCGGCGCCGCCCGCCUCGGCCGGCUUGACCGCGUGCAGCUGUCGCUCUGCCUGCCUCACUUGGCGACGGGCAUGCCCGGGCACAUCGUGGCGGAGCUGUUUGAGAGGUGGCACCGCGUGUCGGCCGAGGACAUGGUGGCGGCCCCCGACGCACUGCUGGCCUCGCCCGACCUCGCGUGCCGCGUGGGUCAGACCGUGUACCCCUGGCCCGCGGCCCUGCCCCUGCUGGUGGCCCUGGUUUCUUUUGGCCCCGACGCGGCCCAGCACGUGCACGACGCGCUGCCGGCGGCGGGCCAGACCUGGCCCAUCCUGGACCCGAUCGCGACGGGGCGGGGCUCCGGCGGGGAGGCGGACGGGGAGGAGGGCACCUCGCCCCGGAUGCGGGGCGGCAGCCCCGGCGGGCGCUGGCGCUCCUGGCUCUCGCUGGUUCCGGGCAGCGCCGAACAGGCACUCCUGGAGCAGCUGGCCAAGGGGGAGGGCCCGGCCUCCAUCCAGGUCACGGAUGUGGAGGGCCUGCACACCGGCCCCGGCGGCGAGCGGUUUGUCAUCCUGCGCAAGCGGGCCUUCGUGCCCACCCAGCUCCAGCUGUCCAGUCUGAGCCCGCUGCUGAAGGAGGGCAGGAACACCAUCCUCUUCCGCUUCGGCAAGCAGGAGCUCCACGCCUACGUCUACCUCAUGCCGUGGAGCACGCGGCUCGUCAUCUCCGACAUCGACGGGACCAUCACGAAGAGCGACGUCCUGGGGCACCUGGGCGCCCUCCUCGGCUAUGACUGGACGCAUGCGGGGAUCACACACCUGUUCUCUGCCAUCAAGAGCAACCACUACAACUUCCUGUUCUUGUCGUCAAGAUCCAUCGCCCAGGCCUCCAUUACACGUGAUUACCUCCACAGUCUGAUAGAAAACGGGACCACCAUGCCAGACGGGCCUGUCAUCAUCUCCCCAGACGGCCUCUUCCCAUCCCUGUACCGUGAGGUGAUCCUGCGGCGCCCCCACGAGUUCAAGAUCCGGUGCCUCGAGGACAUCCGCUCGCUCUUCCCCCCGGACUGGAACCCGUUCUACGCCGGGUUUGGGAACCGGGAUACGGACGAGAUCUCGUACCUGGCCGUGGGCGUCCCACCCUCCCGAAUCUUCAUCAUCAACCCCAAGGGCGAGCUCCGGAAGGCCUCCUCGGUGGUGCGCACCUCCACCUGGUCCACCCUUUCUUCCCUGAGCCGACUCGUGGACGACAUGUUCCCGGCGCUGAAGGCGCCGACCCUCCAGGAUCCUUCUGCUGGCACCCAGCGCGAGGAGUUUUCUGAUUACCUCUACUGGCGGGUGCAACCCCCCAUCACCAUCGGGUCAGAGGACGAGGAGUUCGAUGACGCAUACAGCCCCACCACCGACAGCAGCGAGGGCAGUGGAAGCAGCGCCAGUAGCGACGACGGCGGGGAUGGGGGCGGCAUUCCCACGCGGUGA